UAACGUCUAUGCAUAUCUGAUUCUAACAGUGAUGGCCUAUGACCGGUAUGUCUCUAUUUGUAAGCCCUUGCAGUACCACACCAUCAUGACUCCUAAUAUACAUCCCUCAAAUUCAUAGACAUAGCUAUGGAUGCAAGGACUGACCCUCCCUGAUAUCAAAUUCAUAGUUUUAACCAUGUUUUGAGGCUAUACAGUGUUUUUUUUACAGUUAUAUUGUUUAUAAACAAUGGAGUGAAACAAGCUUAUAUUUUGGGUUCUGAUGGGGUACGACAGUUGACUAAGCUCAUGAGGCAUUCAUACGUUAUAUAUUUUAAGAAUCAAUGGGUGUAUAUCAUUCAUUUAAAAGUCUGAAAAUGUAUUUAGCAAGAUUGCCCCUUAAAGUGAACCCAAAAAAUUGGAAUACAGUCAAACAAACACAACACGUCCCUGAUCUCAAAUGAAGUAAUAAAAAUACAUCCUUAAUUAAUACCAUUGGGUGACAUCUCUCUAAGACAUUGCUUUAAUUUGGAAAAUACUCAUGUCACUUAUAAUAUGGUCAAGGUAUAAAAAGGAGCUAAAACGUAUCAUGCCAGCCAACAUUUUACUUGGAAGACUGUUCAUUUUAGAAUGUUCUCAUCUUUAUCAAAUUAAUUCUGUCAACCCCUGACACCAACUCCAGUGUACUAACCUGAUGGUAACUAUUUUGAAGUUUGCACAUUUUCUAAAUGUUUAUUUUAUUAAUGUGUUUUAUUAUUUCUAAAAUGAUGUCUGAUAACUGCUGACUAUAAUUGUCUUUUACUCAGGAAAUAUGAACCAAACGGUCUUACAUAUCACUAUAUUUUUCACUGCAUAUGGACCUCCAGGCCCACUCAACUACGCAGCUUUUUUCUUAACAUUUUUGCUUUUCUUCAUUACAAUAUUUGGCCAACCUCAGUCUCAUGCUUGUCAUCUACUUAGAAUCAAGCUUACACAAGCCCAUGUACAUAUUUCUGUUCAACUUGGCGGUGAAUGGACUGAUUGGGAGUUUAUCCGUCUGUCCGAAGAUCAUGGACAAUCUCGUUAAUGACAUAAAGGGACAUCUCUCACGAAGGUUGUAUAUUGCAGGUGUUUUUCUGCAAUGUAUAUGCAACGUGUGCUUACGUUAUUCUAGCAGUGAUGGCUUAUGACAGGUAUGUCUCCAUUUGUAAGCCAUUACAAUAUCAUAGCAUUAUGACCCCUUCUAAUGUGAAGAUGUUGUUAACCUUGGUAUAUUUUAUUCCCAUAACCAUGCUCGCUUUUCAAAUGUUUAUCACUUCAAGGCUCCCUGUGUGCAACUACAACAUCAAUAAGCUUUUUUGUGAUGAAAGUGCACUGAGUAACCUGUAUGGUAUAUGUCUCAUAGCAAGCCUAGUGGUUUUACCUUUUGUGUUAGUUGGACUCUCAUAUGUAAAAAUAAUACUUGUUUGCUUGAAAGCCUCAAAGGAGUCACGAAAGAAGGCUUUUAAUACGUGUGCUCCCCACUUGAUCACUUUCAUCAACUUCUCUACAGCCAUCCUUUUUUCUGUUAUUUACAACAGGCACAGCACAGUAAACAGAGAGGUUAAUAUAUUAAUAUCAGUACAGUUCAUUCUGUUCCCACCACUGGUACACCCUAUCAUAUAUGGUAUUAGGACCAAGGAGAUCAGAACAUGUAUUACAAAAAUUAUAAGAACAAGAAUCUUUCCGAACUCUCUUGAUUUUCCUCAUCUAAAAUCUGAACCUAAACUGGUACCAAUUAUGACUUUAGAUGGUACAGCAGCAGGGCAAGGGUUGCCGGUU